UUGUACACAAAUCAAUUGAAAAAAUAUGGAGAUAAGCAAGAGUGUUAUAGUAAUGGCUGUGGUGUGCCUAGCACUAGUAAUAGGCAGCAAAGCACAGAGUGCAAGUAAUGUUAGGGCAACAUACAAUUACUAUAACCCACAAAAUUUUGGGUGGAAUUAUUACACUGCUAGUGUGUAUUGUGCUACAUGGGAUGGCAACCAACCUUUGUCUUGGCGCAAACAAUACGGUUGGACUGCUUUUUGUGGCCCCGUCGGUCCUCUUGGACAAGCUUCUUGCGGCAAAUGUCUUUUGGUAACAAAUAUGGCAACAGGAGCACAAACAACCGUAAGGAUAGUUGAUCAGUGCAGCAACGGAGGAUUAGACCUUGAUGUUAACGUUUUUAAUCAAAUUGACACCAACGGUCAAGGUUAUCAACAAGGCCAUCUUCAAGUUAAUUACCAAUUUGUCAAUUGCUAA